CCCGUGCUGUUUGGCCUCGGGUUACAGCCGGGAGCAGGAGCGGGGGCCGGCGGAAGCGGAGGCGUUUCGGUGGGUGUUUUCCCCGCUGCAGCCGGCGGGGAGCGCGGGGCGGGCGGCCGCCCGGCCCCACGGCCUCGGGCCCCGGCAGCCAGCCGCCGAGCAGAGAGGUGCGCGGCGGGCGCGGGGCGCGCUGCCGGCGGGCUCGGCUGUGGUAUCUGCACGUCCAGCCGUGCUGCGGGGGAGACAGCGCCGGGGCUGCCCCGAUGCCCGCGCGGGACCCGGGCGGCCGUGGCUCAGGCGCAGCUCUGCUCCGGCACCCGGCGGCACCGUGCACCGGGGUGCACGCGCGUGUGCGUGCGCUGGUGCACGUGUGAGCAUUGCCAGGCGCUGGGGCUGUGCCGGCCCGCAGAUGCGCGAUCCCACCCCAGGCCUGGGCAGGGUGAUGGUGCUUCUCGCGGCAGCCCUUGCGUCCGCCUCCCUCGCCGUCCCCGAGGGCUGGGGAGAGGAAGGUGUGCAGUACGGCCAGGUGGGCACGGACGUGACGCUGUCGUGCGCCGGCGCCCGUGCCGGCUCGCCCGUGGAGUGGAGGCGGGCCGGGGCCGCGGCGCUGCCGGCCGGCUCCGCCGUGCGGCACGGCACCCUGGUGCUGCCGCGCGCCGGCCUCGCCGCGGCGGGGACCUACAGCUGCCACGGCGAGGACGGGGCCCUCCUGCACGCCGUGUCCCUGCGCCUGGGCCACCUGCCGGGGGUCCCCUCCGUGUCCUGCAGAGCCUCCGACUACGAGAAUUUCUCCUGCUCCUGGACAUCCAGCCUCGAGACCUUCCUCCCCACCAGAUACAUCACCACCUAUAGGAAGAAAUCGCUGACGGGAGAAGAGAAGCGGAGGAACAAGAACGGACACGUGGGGCCGUGCCUGCAGGAUCCGGCCCGUGCCGGCACCUGCACCGUUCACAAGUCCGAGUUCUGGAGCUCGUAUCGGAUGAACGUCACCGAGGUGAACCCUCUGGGCUCCAACUUCCGCCUCCUCGACAUCACCAUGCAGGCCAUCAUUAAGCCAGAUCCUCCAGAAGGCCUGGUGGUCGAGCCUGUCCCCCAGGCACCACGGCGGCUCCAGGUGAGCUGGAGGUACCCCACGUCCUGGCCCAAGGAGCCCCACUUCCAGCUAAAGUUUCGGCUCCAGUACCGGCCCGUAAUCCACCGCUUCUGGUCUGUGGUGGAGACGGUGAACCUCUCCGAGGUGAUCACAGAUGCCUUCUCAGGGCUGGAGCACGUGGUCCAAGUCAGCGCGAAGGAUUUCCUGGAUGCAGGAAACUGGAGCGAGUGGAGCACGGAAGCACGGGCGACGCCAGUCAGAGACCCUGCCACCGUGGUGAGUGAAGAAACCACUACAGACACCAGCCUGGAGAGCUUGGCCGAGGAACCCUCACAGGCUCCCAAUCCUGAGCCCAUCAAUCGCAGUGAUGCCCUGGAGAAGAUGGCCAUAUUGGUCUCCCUUGGUAUCUUUGCCUUCUUCAUUCUGGCUGCAGUUCUGGUCAUCACCAUCCUUGUCUGCGGCAGGAUCCUUGGGCUGCCUGGAGCUCACCUGCUGGGCACAGCUGGAUGGGGUGGGCAGCAGGAUCACCGGGAACCCAGGCAGGUGCUGCUCUCCCUCUGCCCACGGAGGGCUGCUUGGGCUCUUCAGCUACCCUGCUCCAUCCCCAGGCUCCGGGUGAGGAAACACGGCAAGGACGAGACCAAACCCCACAACUUCUUGGUUGCUGCCACCCACUUGAAGGCUCUGCCGAGUGAGUGCCGCGGGGCGCCGUGCCGGGGGCUGCGGUCGCGUGUGCAGGAGGCCCAGAUCCUGUAGUGAGCCCUGCCAUUACCCAGUUUGAGCACCUGCUCGCCCUCCUAUGGGACUUGACACCACUGUUGGCCUCAGAAGGGCUCCCUGUCGCAUGGAGCAGGGCUUGGCUUUGGACAUUGCCUGAGCCCUAGACCCAUUGGGGCGCAGGAUGGACCCUAAGAAGAGAGGCUGUGCUUUGAGGAGCUUAGGGCUCGCAUGCCCGCCAGGAGCCAGCUGGAGACAUCUCAGAUUCAAUGCAACGGACCGGUCCCCACUGUUGGGUGCUGCUAUACAACAUGGCGAUGGGGCACCGAGCCAGCCCCACUUCGCUGCUCAGCGCCGCGUGGAAGGGAACUGUGGGCACAAGGGGCAGAGUGCUGGUCUGUGGGCAUCAGUGACCAUGCAGUGCUGUGCCCUGCCUGCCUCCCUGGCCCAUCACCCCCCACCACCAGCAGCCAUCAUCAGGUAGAAGGGCCCCUCGUCCUUCUGCCUUUCACCCCCACACUGAGGCAGGACGGAGCAGUGAUCCCAAUAAAAGGGAUAGUGUUGGCA